UGGACGCCCAGUUGGAUGUCCUCCGCGGCAUCGAGGGCCCGUUUGCGUUUGUGUAUUACGACGCCGUCGCCGGCACGGUUCUUUACGGCAGGGACCGGCUCGGGAGGCGGUCGCUCCUGGUGGCUGCUCCAACAGGCGAUGAUGGCGGGUUGACGCUGUGCAGCGUUGCCGGCGAGGCGGGGGGAGGAGGGUGGGAGGAGGUCGAGGCUGACGGGAUCUACGUCCUAAGGCUGGGCCGAGAGGCAGUCCGGGAACGGCACGAGUGGGUGGCCGGGGAGGACGCCGCUGAUUUUGUGAGUAUAUUCGGCCGGCCGUGGCGUCGUGCGUUUGAUCGGUGGUCGGCCGUCUGUCAGACUUACUCUACUUGUUCCAGGUCUCCGGCAUUGGCAGGUUCAAUCGGGCGUUGCCAGGUGGGCACCAUGAGCUACUGGCAGGCUCGCUCUCGGUAAUGUCACUGAAAGAACGCCUCCUCGAGUCUCUGAGACUGAGAGUCCUCGGAAUACCGACGCCGCCGGCUGGGGAUGCGAACAGCGACACCCGAGUGGCCAUCCUGUUCUCUGGCGGCCUUGAUUGUACGGUUCUGGCCAGGCUUUGCCAUGAAUUGCUUGAUCCGGACCAGGGGAUAGACCUGCUCAAUGUCGGGUUCGAGAACCCGCGGGUGGUUGCACAACUCCAAAGGGAGAACCGCCACCUGCCCGACUGUUACGAGGCUUGCCCGGACAGGAUCACCGGAAGGCGAUCGUUUUUAGAGUUGCAAAAGGUCUGUCCCGGGCGAGCCUUUCGGUUUGUGGCCGUAAACGUUCCCUACAGCGAGACACAGGCACACCGCCAACAGAUCAUAUCUCUGAUUCACCCGCACAACACUGAAAUGGAUCUGUCCAUCGCGUGCGCUCUCUACUUUGCCGCUCGCGGUCAAGGCGUUUGUAGUGAGAGCCCCGACUCGCCCCCGGUCGCGUACACAUCUCGGGCUCGGGUUUUGCUGUCUGGUCUAGGUGCCGACGAACUUUUCGGCGGAUAUUCUCGUCAUCCCUCUGCGUUCCAGCAGCGGGGUUACUCGGGUUUGAUUGACGAACUUCUGCUGGACGUCAGCCGGCUUGGAAAGCGGAAUCUGGGCCGCGAUGAUCGUGUAAUGGCCCACUGGGGCAAAGAGGUGAGAUUUCCCUAUUUAGAUGAACGCCUGGUGAGCUGGGCCAUCGAAACUCCAGCUUGGGAAAAGUGCGAUUUUGAAAACGGCGAGGAGGCGAGUGGCGUCGAAGCCGGCAAGCGGGUGCUCCGCUUGUUGGCACUAGAACUGGGCAUGGAGAAGGUUGCAAAGGAAAAGAAACGCGCUAUCCAAUUCGGCUCGAGGACAGCCAAGAUGCAAAGCGGGAAAGUCAAGGGCACCACACUUCUGGCUUGAGCGUCUCCUGCUUAGACACUCGGCGGUGAUGAUAUAUUACAGAUACUUCUGAGUCUCGGUCGCGAUGGCAGAACACAGGGUUGGACUCGCAUCGUUGGUUUCUUGCG